UUAUUUUUAGGUCAUUCGCAUACAUAGGACACCCUCUAAGUAAAACUAGCUGGUCUUUGCAGGUGGUGGAGGACAAGUCACAUUCGCCCGUUAGAGAUGUUAUCCGUGCGAGUUGCAGCGGCUCUGGCCAGAAGCCUGCCCAGACGGGCUGGAUUUGUGUCCAAGAAUGUUGCCGCCGCCAGUGUAGGAGUGAAUCACCUCCAUACACACAGACCAUGUCUUGCUGCAAAGACUGGCACGGCUGAGGUGUCCUCAAUCUUGGAGGAGAAGAUCCUGGGGGCUGACACAAGUGCUGAUCUGGAGGAGACUGGCCGUGUGCUCUCCAUCGGUGACGGUAUUGCCAGAGUGUACGGUCUCAGGAAUGUUCAGGCUGAGGAGAUGGUGGAGUUCUCCUCUGGGCUCAAGGGUAUGUCUCUGAACUUGGAGCCUGAUAAUGUUGGUGUUGUGGUGUUCGGUAAUGACAAGCUGAUCAAAGAGGGCGACAUCGUGAAGAGGACUGGUGCCAUCGUGGACGUGCCAGUUGGUGAAGAGUUGCUGGGUCGCGUGGUGGAUGCAUUGGGCAAUGCCAUCGAUGGAAAGGGUCCUCUUGGGUCUAGCAUCCGUAGGCGUGUGGGUCUGAAGGCCCCUGGCAUCAUCCCCCGUAUCUCUGUGAAGGAACCGAUGCAGACUGGCAUCAAGGCCGUGGACAGCCUGGUGCCCAUUGGGCGUGGCCAGCGUGAGCUGAUCAUCGGUGACCGGCAGACUGGCAAAACCGCUAUUGCCAUUGACACCAUCAUCAACCAGCGACGUUUCAACGAAGGCAAAGAUGAGAAGAAGAAGCUGUACUGUAUCUACGUUGCCAUUGGCCAGAAGAGAUCAACUGUGGCGCAGCUGGUGAAGAGGUUGACUGAUGCUGAUGCUAUGAAGUACACCAUUGUGGUUUCUGCUACAGCCUCUGAUGCUGCUCCCCUGCAGUACUUGGCCCCCUACUCAGGCUGCUCCAUGGGAGAAUUCUUCAGGGACAACGGCAAGCAUGGCCUCAUCAUCUAUGAUGAUUUAUCGAAGCAGGCUGUAGCCUACCGUCAGAUGUCCCUGCUGCUGCGUCGUCCCCCCGGUCGUGAGGCCUACCCCGGUGAUGUGUUCUACCUGCACUCCCGUCUGCUGGAGAGGGCCGCCAAGAUGCACGACAACUUUGGCGGCGGCUCCCUGACCGCUCUGCCCGUCAUUGAGACCCAGGCCGGAGACGUGUCUGCUUACAUCCCUACCAACGUCAUCUCAAUCACUGAUGGACAGAUCUUCUUGGAGACUGAGUUGUUCUACAAAGGUAUCCGCCCAGCCAUCAACGUGGGCCUGUCUGUGUCCAGAGUUGGAUCAGCUGCCCAGACCAAGGCCAUGAAGCAGGUGGCUGGUACCAUGAAGCUGGAGCUGGCCCAGUACCGUGAGGUCGCUGCUUUCGCCCAGUUCGGCUCUGACCUGGACGCUGCCACCCAGCAACUGCUCAACAGGGGCGUCCGUCUCACCGAGCUGCUUAAGCAGGGACAGUACUGCCCAAUGGCCAUUGAGGAGCAGGUGACCGUCAUCUACGCCGGUGUCAGAGGUCACUUGGACAAGCUGGACCCUUCCAAGAUCACCAGGUUUGAGAAGGCCUUCCUUGGGCACAUCCUCAGCCAACACCAGGACCUGCUCACCACAAUCAGGACUGAUGGCAUGAUCUCACCGACAGCUGAUGCCAAACUGAAGGAGCUUGUGUUGACCUUCCUCUCCAGCUUUGAAUAAUGUGUGAAACUGCUCCUGGUCCUUCAGUGUGCUUGCUACUUGUCUCGGCCCCCGUUGUCCUAAUGUUAUAUGUAUGUGAGCUACUGAAGGCCAGAACCUCCAUGUACAGAUUUCUCCAAAGAAGAAAUAAAAUUUUACAACCCUGGAGAGCUGUGGUAAAAUGUGACUUUAUGGUAGGGUGUGCAGGUCCAGCGUAUUUUCUACUUGGAAGGGUAUAAAUGAUCAUGUGAGAAAUAAAGGAGAAUCCCUGCAUUCUGUUCUGUUGCAGUGAUGUUUCACCCACUGGGGGUCUUAAUAUACUAAAACUACCCUAAAUACAGUAUCUUAACUUCGUUCAUGAAUUUCACUUUCAUCUUGUCAGAAUUAAAACAUGGCGGUCUCAAAAUAUAUAAAUUUAACAGGACAUGAAUUGUCAUUCUUGCGCCUCAAUGCAGCGCAUUCAGUCAAGCAUGGCGCAUUUCAGAAUUGAUUUAAAUAAACCUAUGGCUUUGAA